AUGUCGGGCGACACCGAAGCCCGCCCUAACGAAGCCCGCCCUAACGAAGCCCGCCCGACCUUUGUCUCACCACGCACCCUGCUCGAGCAGGCACGACCGAUCCUGCCCCCGCGCACCUUCACCGCGCUCGACCGCGAGCAGCUAGACGGCCUGCGCACCAUUCGCGCCUUCCUCAAGGCCAGAACCAGCUAUGACGUGCUGCCCAUCAGCUACCGCCUCAUCAUCCUCGACACCGCCCUGCGCGUGCAGAAGAGCCUGAACAUCCUCACACAGAACGGCAUCGUAUCAGCGCCGUUAUGGGACUCGAAAUCCUCCACUUUUGCAGGCCUCCUUACCACCGCCGACUACAUCAACGUCAUCCAGUACUACUGGCAGAAUCCGGAUGCUCUCCAAAAGGUGGACAAGUUCCGCUUGAGCAGUCUACGAGAGAUCGAGAAAGCCCUAGGUGUCAAGCCCAUCGAAACAAUAUCCUGCCACCCGGACCGUCCCGUCUAUGAAGCAUGUCGCAAGAUGCUCGAGUCCCGCGCGCGCCGUAUUCCUGUGGUCGACUUCGACGACGAGACGAAACGCACCAUGGUCGUCUCUGUCAUCACCCAGUACCGCAUCCUGAAGUUCAUUGCUGUCAACGUCAAAGAGACGCAGAAGCUGCGCAAGCCGCUCAGGGAGAUGAACGUGGGCACGUACGACGAUAUCGCGACGUGUUACAUGGACACACCCGUCAUGGAUGUCAUCCACCUUCUGGUCAAGAAGAAUAUUAGCAGUGUGCCUAUUGUGGACAAGCAGGGCACGGUGCUCAACGUCUUCGAAUCCGUGGACGUCAUCGCCUUGAUCAAAGGUGGAUCAUAUGACGACCUGAAUCUCACAGUAGGCGACGCGCUGUUGAAGCGCUCACCGGAUUUCCCCGGCAUCUUCACUUGCUCAGUCCAGGACAGCAUGUCGACGAUCUACGACACAAUCCGUAAAUCACGUGUCCACCGCUUCAUCGUCAUAGACGACAAUGCAAAACUCAAGGGAGUCCUCACACUAAGUGAUGUACUCGAAUUCACAUUACUGGAAGGCGUGGACGACGAGUAG